GGCGUGCUGUCCAGAAACAUGGAGGACUUUCCAGCGUUUCAGGCCUUCGCCGUGCUGAUUGCUAUCCUGAGCUGUGGCUGCAUGCUUUAUACAGGCUUCUACAGCGAGAGCCGCUAUGAUAACAAAGGAUCUGAGUCAGAUCUUCCUGUAGACCAUCAGUCAUCAGUUUCCUUCACUACGUUGAGGAUGUUGAUGUGGCAGAUCCUGACCAACAGGGACUUUCAGAUUUUUGUACUCAUGAACUUCUUCCAGGUUUUUGUUUUGACCUUCUUUCAUAGUUUCACCAUGAUAUUUGUUGAGCACCUGAUUCCUCCAGAUGUGCUUCCAUCUCUUGCCAAGAGCAUCAUGUAUGGAGCAGGAUUCAUCUGUCCACAGCUGUUAGUGUUGAGCUGUCAGAGUCUGCUGCAUGGUCUUGGCUACUACAGGAUCCUCCUGUUCACCUUCUACAUGGAGGCUGGAAUGGCAGCUGUCAUGCUCGCACUUGGCCCUCAGCACUACUACAUCCUGGCAACUUUCCUCACCGUCAACAUGGUGGUACUGCAUGCAGCCACCAGCUUUUAUAAUUUGCCUUUGGCGGACAUUAUUGACAAAGACCUGCAGAAGUACAAGCGCAGCUCCCCUCUCUCCUCCAUGGUGUUUGGAACAAAUGCUUUGUUCACCAAACCGGCUCAGUCUCUGGCUCCCAUGCUCACGCUGAAAAUCCUCAACAGGUUCGGCUAUGAGCAGCUAAAGGAUGCAGGAAAGGAUUCAGAUCCAAGUGCCUUGGCCAGCCUCCACAGCGUCAUGUUCUACCUGGUCUGUCUGGUGCCCAUGUGUGUCGCCGCUCUGCAGGUCCUGGCUUGGAGGCCGUUUUCCAUCCGCAACAGUCACACAGUCGACGCCAAGUACACCGACAGCUAACGUCUGAGCUGGUGCAUGUUUCUUUAGCUGGGAUUUGGGGGAAUAUAGAGUGUAAAUGAUUUCAUAUUUGAUGCAGUCUGUGGCUUUAUACUUAAAAUCGUCUUGGUGUAGCUGACAGGGACUUUACUGAAUCACUGACUUACAUUACCUGCAAUCAGAGCUAUCCUCAAGAGAGACCUGAGUUAUUGAGCACCAAAACUUAAAUGGUGUAAAACUUGUGUACAUUUCUUUAUUCUGGUACUGAUCAAUCAGAGAAUCAUUCCUCAUGACAAAAUCUCAGCCACAUAUCGGACCAAUUCUUCAGAAGACACAAAAUGUUUGUUUUGUUUUCAACACAGGAUCUUUGACACUAAAUGGAAUUUAAACAGCUGCUUCAGAAACUGUCAGAAAUCACUGAGAAAUUCAGCCUCCUGAAGCAGAAGACAAGAACAGAAUGUAUUGAGUUGACAGCGUCCUGAACCAAAGCUGGUCAAAUGGUUAUUCGCGGGACGCUGACUUCCUUUAACCUCAUAUGUAGACGUACAUUCUGCCUCCACAUGUGGUACAUUUUUAUAUCAAAGAACUUUCACAUUCCAGGGAGGAUUCUGGCUGCAUGAUGAAGGACACUGCUGCUCUAUACACACAAAAUGCACCUUACAGCUGAAGUAUAAUGUUCUUUAGUCAGCUUAUGAUGCUGUUACAUCCAUCUGUAUGGUGCAGAGUGCAGAAAGACUGAAUUCAUCCGGGUUACGUUGUGGAUCAGGGACCCAUUUCACUAAUGCAGAUUCUGGCAGAAUCACUUCAGAAAUGAUCAUCACCUGCAAAAUGCAAAGUUGGGCUUUAGUGUGACACUUGUUUUGAUGAGUUCAAAUGAGAGGAAAUGGUUUCAUAUCAUAAAUUGCAUGUUUGUAAGUCACACAUAUGGUGACACUCAGCCUGGGUUUGCUGAGAGGCCCCUGGUGCUGAUAAUCCACAGUUUGAUUUCAUGAUUUAAAAAAAGAAACGAGAAGAAAAUGUCAGAAAGCUGACAAUUAUUACAGUCAUCUGUGUUUAUACAUGAUGCCCUGACAUGCAUCUACAUCUGCAGGGUCUUAAACACACUCAUGCUUUACUUGAAAUGAUAGCCAAGACUAAAAAACACAACGAGAGCAAAAUGUUAUGAGGCGCACGCUUCUUACAUGAUGAUUUACAGCAGAGAGAAAUGAGAAGAGACGGGACACAAAGGGAAGAUUCAAUUGAACUGCGAAAACAACAAAGUUUAUGUCACAGCUUUUCAUUUAUUUAAAAGAGUGCAUGUACAUCCAUCUCAUGCUCCAUACGCUGGCUGGAGCUGAAUUCUAAUUGUGGACAUUUGAAGUGGACCAAAGUAUGUCGCAAUAACUGAACAGAACAAAACGAAGCAUCACCAACAAGAACAUUGAUCCUUAAUGUGAGUUUCCGAUAAGCUGACAGUCCAACACCAAAACAACAUCCUUCCCUUUUUUACUUUCACAUUUUAAGAUGUAUUAGAUGAACAUAAUGUGCCUUUUCUUGUCUUCACAGCUUUUCAAACAAACAAAAUCAGUGUGAAUGUUUUUGAUUAAAAAUGUUCUAUCUA